GUGAAUGAGAAGGAGAUGCGCGCUCUGCGCAAGGUCGGGCUGCCAGGUUAGUGCCGCAGUGGGCUUCCGCUUUGCCCAGAUUCAAGGGAUUUCCGCCCCUUCCCAGCACCAGGACGCUCUCACGAUCUAUCUCAGUGCUUUGCGAGGCUGUGGCGGAGCCAGGGAUUUGGAUUCUGGAAGGAAGAUCCACGCUGAUGCCGUGCAAGCCGGCGAUGAUUCCAACGUUUUCCUGGCGAACACUUUGAUCAGCAUGUAUGGGAAAUGCGGGAGUAUGGCCGAUGCUUACAGGGUGUUCCAAGGCAUGGAUCGUCCAGACGUGGUUUCCUGGUCGGCUCUGGUAUUGGGUUUUGCCGAGAAUGGCGAGGAAGAACAAGCGCUGGAUCUUUUCUCGCAAAUGGAGGAGUGGACGCCCAACUCUCAGACUUUUGUAGCUGCUGUCAAGGCGUGCUCGAAUCUGGCAUUCAAAGAAUCCGGCAAGCUUGUCACCAGGAGGCCUGUGAAGAUCGAGUCGCUGAAAAGAGGCAUGGAAGUCCAUUCGCGAGCCGCGAGAAGGGGCUACGUCCAAGACGAUAUCUUUGUAGCUGGAGCGCUGGUGGAUUUCUACGCAAACUGUGGAAGCGUGCUGGAUUCCAGGAUGGUCUUGGAUAGAACACGGUGUCACAACGCGGUGCUGUGGAAUGCAUUGGUUCUCGGGCUGGCGGAGAACGGGGAAGCCGAGCUAGCUCUGGAAGUUUUCUCGGCAAUGCCGGGCUCUCUGGUGAACGCUCGAAGUUUUGUUGCUGCGCUCAAAGCCAUGAGUUCGAUAGCUGCGAAGCAAGUUGGCAAGGAAAAGAUGGCGUGCCUAGAGAAGAGUCGGGAACUCCACGCUCGAGCAGCAAAGCUUGGCUACGAGUCGGACAUUUAUCUCGCAAACACUCUGGUGGAUUUGUAUGCCAAGUGUGGGAGCACGAGUGAUGCUCGGGAUGUUUUCGACAGGAUGACGAGCCGGAGUGUGGUUUCUUGGGGGGCACUGGUUCUGGGAUACGUCGAGACUGGCAACGCGACGCUGGCUCUCAAAACGUUGUCACGCAUGCAAGACGAGGGAUUUACACCUUCGGCACUAGUUUUCGUGGCAGCGCUCAAGGCCUGCUGUGGAGUAACGUUGGAGCUCGGGAGAACGAUCCAUGGAAGCAUUUGCAAAGGCGGUCUCGAGCAGGACUCGCUCGUCACCACCUCACUCAUCGACUUAUACAGCAAGUGUGGAAGCAUGGACGACGCUCAGCGAGUUUUUGACGGCAUCGCGGAGAGAGACUUGGUUUGCUGGAACGCUCUCUCGACGGGAUAUAGCCGCCAGGGAUUCACCACCCAGGUUUUCGAGCUCUUUUCUCAGAUGCUGGAAGAAGGCUUGCAACCAAACUCCGUGACUUUCCUCGCUGUUCUUACGGCUUGCAACCAUGGUGGGCUCGUCAGCAAAGGAAGGAGAUACUUUGACACCAUGUCGAGCUCCAGGUUUGGGAUUUCUCCCGGGAUUGAGCAUUACCACUCCGUGAUCGAUAUUCUGGGCCGAGCAAACCUGCUGGAAGAGGCAGUGGCGAUGGUGACGUGCAUGCCUCACAAGCCCAAUGCAGUAACUUGGAGAACAGUGAUGAGCGCGUGUCACAAGUGGAAGAACGAGGCAGUGGCAAGGCUUGCGUUUGAUGCCAUCGUGGAGAUAGACGAGAGCGACGCUGCAAGCUACAUGCUGAUGGCCAAUUCGCUCUAUGAAAAUCGUGACAAAGUUCCACUAGAACGGAGAACCGUGAGUUAGCAGCUUACCGGGGAUGGAUCAUUCAUUCGUUUGGAUUUGGAUGAUGGUUUCCAGGCGAUCAUGAAAGACGUGUAGCAAUUUCGCUGGCGCGCCGGACAGGAUAUUUUGGAAAGACGCAGUCAACAAGCACAAAGACAUGACAUGGGUCCCGAAUGGAAGAUCUGGUGCUCAUACACGCAGUCACAAAAAUUGGCUCCAGCGGCGUGUGCUUAGAAAUUCCGAGAAGGAGAGGGACCCGUCCGGCAAGAAAAUUCUUCUGGAAAGAUCAAGGCAUGGAUUUUGGUGGGAUUUUCGCUUUUCAUCAGCAGCGGCCGUGGACUUGAAGGAAGAUCUUCCACCAGCGGAAAA